AUGGCUAAUCAAACUAUGAUGAUGAUCGUAACAUCAAAUAAAGAUUUAAUUCGUCAAGUGUCUUUGAGUAACGCUUCCGAUACACACAUUGUUAAUUUGAAUGUUUUCGCUAAUAAUUAUACUCAAUCCAAAUCAACUCAAGUUUCGAAGAAACCGACUGAUUGUAGGUGUACUAUUUGUGGUGAUCGUGCUAGUGGAUUUAAUUACCAUGCUCUUUCCUGUGCUUCUUGCGAAAGGCAAUGUUUGGUUUCAUAUGGAAUACGUCGUCGAUGUCCACAAUGUCGGCUAGAACGAUGUGUGAAAAUGGGAAUGAGAAAAGAUUUUCUACUUAGUGAAGAACGAAAGCAGCAAAGAAGAAAAUAUUUCCAAGAAACUCGAAAGGAUGAUAGUGUUUAUUUAAAUCAACGGAAUUCUACAACAAUAGCAAUAUUACCCGACGACGAUUUAGUUCUAACUGAAAACCUUCGAUCCUUGUUUUUACUCAUUUUUGAAAAAUAUGAUGUUCAAUGUGCUUGUGUCGACGUAUCUGACCAAAAAGCUUUGGAACCAAUACAAUCUCAAAUCGUUGGUUCGAAUCGUUUUAUUAAAGUUGUCAACAAACGUUGUCAUUGUCCAUCUGAACAUGGUUUAACACGUGAUGAAUCAACUUUAGACAAAUUACCAACUGUUCGGGGAAAUGAUUGGCGUGGAGCUUCAAAUGAUGUUGGAAAUAAUUUCCCUAAAAAUCAAACAAAAACAUGGUGGAAUGUCAAUUCUUGUUCUUCUUCAAUUAAUGUUAUCGAGGAUUUUCUUUUGGCAAGGAAACAAAUUCAACAAUAUUUCUAA